AUGAAGGCUUUCAUUCUUCUGGCUCUGUUCGCUGUGGCACAUGCUGCUCCCAUUGAUGAGGAUGACAAGAUUGUUGGAGGCUACGAGUGCAGAAAGAACGCGUUGCCCUACCAGGUCUCUAUGAACUCUGGCUACCACUUCUGUGGAGGCUCCCUGAUCUCCAGCACCUGGGUGGUGUCUGCUGCUCACUGCUACAAGCCCCGCUUCCAGCUGCGUUUUGGUGAGCACAACAUUGCUGUCAGAGAGGGCACCGAGCAGUUCGUCAGCUCUAAAGUGGUCAUCCGUCAUCCCAGUUACAACAGCCGCAACCUGGACAAUGACAUCAUGCUGAUCAAGCUGAUCAAGCCCCUCACCCUGAACAGCUACGUCGGCUCCGUGUCCCUGCCCUCCACCUGUGCCAGCGCUGGCACCCGCUGUCUGAUCUCUGGAUGGGGCAACAUGAGCGGCACUGGAAACAACUACCCUGACCUCCUGAUGUGUAUGGAUGCCCCAAUCCUGAGCGACAGCAGCUGCAAGAAAUCCUACCCUGGACAGAUCACCUCCAACAUGUUCUGUGCUGGAUUCCUCGAGGGAGGCAAGGACUCCUGCCAGGGAGACUCUGGUGGCCCCGUGGUGUGUGACGGUCAGCUGCAGGGUGUGGUGUCCUGGGGCUACGGCUGUGCAGAGAGGAACAGGCCUGGAGUCUACACCAGGGUCUGCAACUACAACGCCUGGAUCCGCAGCACCAUGUCCGCCAACUAA